AUGACGGGCGCCACCCUCCGACCGGGCCAGGCCGACCUCCCCUCGGCCAAGAGCACCGCGUCCUACUGGCAUCGCGAGCCCUCCGAGGUGCUCCUCGGCCACAGGACCACCAAGGCGCUGCCCCCGACCGCGGACGUCGUCGUCGUCGGCACCGGCAUCACGGGUGCCUUCGCCACCAAGGAGCUGCUGGAGCAGCAGCAGGCGGGGAAUCAGAAGGAGAAGGUCCUUGUGCUCGAAGCGCGGGAGGUCUGUUGGGGCGCCACUGGACGGAACGGCGGCCACUGCCAGCCGAUGGCCUACAAUCCCAACACCGCCAUCGCCGAAUUUGAGCUCCGCAACUACGCUCACCUCACCGACCUCGUCGCUGCGAACGCCAUCCCGUGCGACUGGGUCCCACUCCGUGGCGUUCACGCCCUUCUCACCCAGGACCUUGUCGCCGCCGCUGAGAAGCAGAUCGCUGCGCUGCUGCCGCACCUCGCGGGCCUCGUGAGGCUGGUCACUGAUCCGGAGGAGCUCAAGAGCCUCAGGGUCCCCCACGCGGCGGGAGCUGUCGUUCAGGAGCGGGCGGCGAGCGUAUGGCCGUACAAGCUCGUCGCGUGGGUCUUUGAGGACCUCUUGCGCCGGUUCGGCCCUGGAUCGGGCGUCGAGGUGCAGCCAGAGGGCGUGUGGUUCAACAUACAGACCAACACCCCGGUGACCCGCCUCCAGCACCUGCCCGGCUCCUCCGCUGCUUCCGGCGAGGCCUCGUGGGUCAUCCAUACGGACCGCGGGCAAGUCGCCGCAAAAAAGGUCCUUCUCGCGACCAACGCCUACACGAGCCGCCUGCUGCCCGCCUUCGCGGACCUGAUCGUCCCCGUUCGGGGCCAGGUCGCCGCGCUCCUACCCGAACCGCGCGCAGAGCUGGGGCGGAGCUACGUCUUCAUGGCCAGCUCCGACGCCUCCAAAGGCGAGCCGAACCAGGACGACUACCUGAUCCAGCGGCCCGGGCCCGGGCUGGAGAUGAUCCUCGGCGGCGGCAGGGCGCGGGGAGUGCUCAAGGGCGUGGGCGUCUCGGACGACGACGAGGUCGACCCCGUCGUCGCGACAUACCUGCGCCGGGCCGGGGCGGUAAACGUUGACUUGGGCAGCGGGGAGGAGAAGGAAGAGCUGAGUGCGAGCUACGAAUGGUCGGGCGCGAUGGCAUUUGCAAGGGAUUCCAGACCGUGGGUUGGCCCUGUGCCAUCUGGCCCUGUCCUUGGCGGGGGGGAAGGAUUAUGGAUCUGCGCCGGGUAUACAGGACACGGGAUGCCGCAGGCGGCCCUGUGCGGCCGCGCGGCUGCCAGGAUGAUGCUUGGAUCACGCAAGGACGGCGCGGAUGAGGUGGACGUCCCGGCCGAGUUCCUGGUCAGCGAGGAGAGGGCCGAGAAGGCUAGAGCGCUGCCCUCGAUCAAAGAGAUGGACGACUUAGACAUGUUCUUGUUGUAG